CGCUGACAGGCGGGUCCCGCGGGCCGUGGCCGAGCGGCGGCCGGAGCACCAUGGCGGGGCUGGCGGGGCUCUCGACCGAAGUGAAUUGGAAGGUCUUGGAGCAAAGAGCCCGGGCCAAGCGCUCAGUUUUGAAAAUUGCUGUAGUUUAGCCUGCAACACUUAUGAUUAGAGUCAACAAUUUGAUAUGGCCAACUUACCUGAUGCAGUCGUCUCUUCUCAGCCAGCAUUUUUAAGGUCUGGCUCAGUUUAUGAACCUCUUAAAAGUAUUAAUCUUCCAAGACCUGAUAGUGAAACUCUGUGGGAUAAAUUGGAUCAUUAUUAUAGAAUUGUUAAGGCAACAUUGCUGCUGUAUCAAAGUCCAACCACAGGUCUUUUUCCCACUAAAACUUGUGGUGAUGAUCAGAAGGCCAAGAUCCAGGACAGUCUGUACUGUGCUGCUGGUGCUUGGGCUUUGGCUCUAGCAUACAGGCGUAUUGAUGAUGACAAGGGAAGGACCCAUGAGCUGGAACACUCAGCCAUAAAAUGUAUGAGAGGAAUUCUCUACUGCUAUAUGCGUCAGGCCGAUAAGGUGCAGCAGUUUAAACAGGAUCCACGCCCAACAACUUGUCUUCACUCUAUUUUCAAUGUGCAUACAGGAGAUGAGAUGCUUUCCUAUGAGGAAUAUGGUCAUCUUCAGAUAAAUGCUGUCUCUCUUUAUCUCCUUUACCUUGUGGAAAUGAUUUCCUCAGGACUCCAGAUUAUCUAUAACACCGAUGAGGUCACUUUUAUUCAAAAUCUUGUAUUUUGUGUUGAAAGAGUUUACCGUGUCCCUGACUUUGGUGUCUGGGAAAGAGGAAGCAAAUAUAAUAAUGGUAGCACAGAGCUGCAUUCAAGCUCUGUUGGCUUAGCAAAAUCAGCUCUAGAAGCAAUUAAUGGAUUCAAUCUCUUUGGCAAUCAGGGUUGUUCUUGGUCGGUUAUAUUUGUGGAUCUCGAUGCUCACAAUCGCAAUAGGCAAACUUUGUGUUCACUGUUACCCAGAGAAUCAAGAUCUCAUAACACAGAUGCUGCCCUGCUUCCCUGUAUCACUUAUCCUGCAUUUGCCCUGGAUGAUGAAGCUCUGUUUCGCCAGACACUUGAUAAAGUAGUUAGAAAAUUAAAGGGAAAAUAUGGAUUUAAGCGUUUCUUAAGAGAUGGGUACCGAACAUCAUUGGAAGACCCAAACAGACGCUAUUACAAACCAGCAGAAAUUAAGCUUUUUGAUGGCAUUGAAUGUGAAUUUCCUAUAUUUUUCCUUUACAUGAUUAUUGAUGGGGUUUUUAGAGGCAAUCCACAGCAAGUAAAGGAAUAUCAGGAUCUUCUAGCUCCAGUACUUCAUCAAACUAUGGAAGGUUAUCCUGUCAUACCAAAGUACUAUUACGUACCAGCUGACUUUGUAGAAUACGAAAAAAGAAACCCUGGGAGUCAAAAGCGAUUUCCUAGCAACUGUGGCCGUGAUGGAAAGCUAUUUCUUUGGGGACAAGCUCUUUAUAUCAUUGCACAACUCUUGGCUGAUGAAUUAAUCAGUCCUAGAGACAUUGAUCCUAUCCAGCGCUAUGUGCCACUACAGAAUCAACGCAAUGUGAGCAUGAGGUUUUCCAAUCAGGGUCCACUGGAAAAUGAUUUGGUAGUUCAUGUAGCACUUGUAGCAGAGAGCCAACGCCUUCAAGUUUUUCUCAACACGUAUGGUAUUCAAACCCAGACACCUCAACAGGUAGAACCCAUUCAGAUAUGGGCUCAACAGGAACUUGUCAAAGCUUAUUUCCAUCUGGGUAUCAAUGAAAAAUUAGGACUCUCCGGAAGGCCAGAUAGACCCAUUGGCUGUCUUGGUACAUCAAAGAUUUACCGCAUUCUCGGAAAGACUGUGGUUUGUUACCCUAUCAUCUUUGACCUAAGUGAUUUCUACAUGUCUCAAGACGUUUUACUGCUGAUAGACGACAUAAAGAAUGCACUACAGUUCAUUAAGCAAUACUGGAAAAUGCAUGGGCGUCCACUUUUCCUUGUUCUUAUCCGGGAAGACAAUAUAAGAGGUAGCCGAUUCAAUCCCAUACUUGAUAUGCUGGCAGCCUUUAAAAAGGGGAUGGUUGGAGGAGUCAAGGUUCAUGUUGAUCGUCUACAGACACUGAUAUCGGGAGCUGUAGUUGAACAACUUGACUUUCUACGAAUCAGUGAUGUGGAAGAGCUUCCAGAAUUUAAGAGUUUUGAGGAACUAAGUCUUCCCAAACACUCAAAAGUCAAACGACAGAGCAGCACCCCCGAUGCUCCUGAACUGGAACAGCAACUGGAUAUUGCCGUUACUGAAUGGAAAAACAAAUCUACCCAUGAAAUUCUUCAAAAACUUGAUGAAUGCAAUAGUCUGGCUAGCCAAGCUAUCCUUCUGGGCAUACUGCUCAAAAGAGAAGGCCCUAACUUCAUCACAAAGGAAGGUACUGUUUCUGACCAUAUGGAGAGAGUAUAUAGAAGAGCUGGCAGCAAAAAACUCUGGUCGGUUGUGCGUCAUGCAGCAAGUCUUUUAAGUAAAGUAGUGGACAGCCUGGCCCCAUCCAUUACUAAUGUAUUAGUGCAGGGCAAACAGGUCACUUUGGGUGCCUUUGGGCAUGAAGAAGAAGUCAUCUCAAAUCCUUUGUCACCAAGAGUGAUUAAGAACAUCAUCUAUUACAAGUGUAACACUCACGAUGAGAGGGAGGCAGUCAUUCAACAAGAACUGGUCAUCCAUAUUGGCUGGAUCAUCUCUAAUAACCCUGAGCUGUUUAGUGGCAUGCUGAAAAUACGAAUUGGGUGGAUCAUCCAUGCUAUGAAAUAUGAACUACAGACCCGUGCAGGAGACCAGCCAGCCAUAGACUUAUAUCAGUUGUCACCCAGUGAAGUAAAACAGCUUCUGUUGGAUAUUCUCCAGCCUCAACAGAAUGGAAGAUGUUGGCUGAAUAGGCGUCAGAUUGAUGGGUCUUUAAACAGAACUCCCACUGGGUUCUAUGACCGAGUGUGGCAGAUCCUGGAGCGUACACCCAAUGGUAUCAUUGUAGCUGGAAAACAUUUGCCACAGCAACCAACCCUGUCAGAUAUGACCAUGUACGAGAUGAAUUUCUCUCUCCUGGUGGAGGAUAUGUUAGGAAAUAUUGACCAGCCAAAGUACCGACAGAUCAUUGUGGAGUUGCUGAUGGUUGUAUCCAUUGUGCUUGAGAGAAACCCUGAACUAGAAUUUCAAGACAAAGUGGAUCUAGACAAACUGGUGAAAGAAGCAUUUCAUGAAUUUCAAAAAGAUGAGAGUCAACUAAAGGAAGUUGAAAAACAAGAUGACAUGACUUCAUUUUACAACACUCCCCCACUGGGAAAAAGAGGAACAUGCAGCUAUUUGACAAAAGUUGUGAUGAAUUUGCUGCUGGAAGGAGAAGUCAAACCUAACAAUGAUGACCCAUGUAUGGUUAGCUAGUGUGGAUGGUAUAAGGUGUUUGAUUUGGACAUAUUAUUUAGAAAUUUGUUAAGUUUGAAGUUAGGCUUAAUAAAGACACCCAACCAACCAAGGCAAUCAAGUUUAUUUACUGAUUUAUUAUACUGGUGAAAUGGUUGCCAUGUUUGUAGAAGAGUUACUGGACCUUUUACAUGGAUUAUACAAUCUAAGGGUAAAAAGUGUUUUUAGUGAAGUAGGGAAAAAAAACAUUUUCAUCAUUAUGUCCAAUUUACCAUGAUAAUAUUUACUGAAUAAUAAAAGUAGUUUAUGAAUUGAAUGCUUACUACUGAAUGUUUUGUGAUUAAAAAGCACAUCAAAACAAGCCUUUUAUUUUUGGAUAAAAUAUUCACAUUGCUGCCAUUAAAAUGAAUGUACCAUGUGGUGGGAGAGAUAGUACAGAGGUUAAAGCAUGUGCCUUAAAGGCAAUGGACUCUGGUCUGAUCCCCAGAACUUAAUAUGUUCCCCUAAACACUGCCAGGAGUUUCCCCUGAGUGCAGAAUCAGAAAUAAUCUCUGAGCACUGCUGAGAGUUGCCCCUCUCCUCCCAAAAUUAGUGUGCCAACUAGUAAUGUAUUUUGAUUAUGAAAAAAUAUUGGAAUAUUGGUGAAUGUGGGGGGGGGGGUUGUGGUAUUAUCGUGCUAGAUGUUAAUAUGCAUUAUAAAGGAAAAAGUAAUCAAUGAAUACUUUGAUUCUCAGAAAUUGUUGCUAUAUGACAGUAAUUGAAGCAAUUGUGUCAAUUUUUCCUUACAAACAUGACUUGUAAAAUAAGCAUAAUAAAUCUUACCAAACAUUUUUUAUUUUGACUAAUUUGUAAUAUUAUUCAGAAGUAUUAACUGUUAACCUAGUUUAUAUUUAUAAAAACAGAAUUUUAAAAUUAUUCUAUUUUGUUUCUGAAUUGAUGAAUUUAUCUAGAUAUUAUUUGUUCUCAGGUUUACAGUAUUAAAUUUGUUUUAAAUACCUGUAUACAAUUGAUUGGUAUUAGAAUGGAAGAGAACCAAUGGUACUUAUCAUUGCAUAUAUUUUUGUCACUUAACCAAACUUUAAUAAAAUAGACUAACUUUA